CGUAGACACCGUCAGAGGGAAGAGCGAGCAAGGGAGCUCUCAUGUCAUCCCUCCUUGCCUCCAAGCUUCUUUCUGAGCCGUCGCCUUCCUCCUCCUCUCGCUCGUCCCUCUGCUUCUCCUCCCACUCUCCUCCCUCUCUUCUCGCGCGCUCCGUCGCCUUUCCUUUUCCUAAGCGGAGCAGAUGCCGCUUGAAGCUCGUCCGGGCCCAAGAUUCCGACACCGUCGCUUCCGGCGGCGACCCCAAGCCCCAAAAUGGCAACCUGCCCAAGAACAGGAGGGAUGUUCUUUUGGAAUAUGUGAAAAAUGUUCAGCCAGAGUUCAUGGACUUAUUUACAAAAAGAGCACCACAACAGGUUGUCGAUGCCAUGCGCCAGACUGUCACAAAUAUGAUCGGAACACUUCCACCUCAAUUCUUUGCAAUUACUGUUACUACGGUUGCAGAAAACCUGGCACAACUUAUGUAUAGUGUUAUGAUGACUGGUUACAUGUUUAGGAAUGCACAAUACCGUUUGGAAUUGCAGCUAAGUCUAGAUCAGAUAGCUCUCCCUGAUCCAGAAGAGAAGAAUGCAGUUCCAAAAUAUGCACCUGGUUCACAGAAAAAGGUGACUGGAGAAAUUAUUAGGUGGAACAAGAUUACUGGCCCUGAAAAAAUGGAUGCCAUGAAGUACAUUGAAUAUCUUGAAAGAGAAAUUGAAGAACUAAAUCGUCAAGUUGCAAGGAAAUCUGCAAAUGGACAGAAUGAACUUUUGGAAUAUCUAAAAUCACUCGAACCUCAAAAUUUAAAGGAUGAGCUAUCUGAGCUUCGGCAUGGUAGUGACCUUCAAGCUAUAAGAUGUCAUGCUGUUUCUGUACCCAGUAUUUUCCCUCUUAGUGUGUGGCAGAGGCACAAAUAGAUGUUUUUUAAACAUUUGACCAGCUUUAUUCAGCCAGUAAGAAUGCCCUUGUCCUGGUUCAACGAAUGCUAGUAGAAAGAAUCUUUCAAAACAUUCGAAUAUGGCUCGGGUUACAAGGUUCAUCAUGUUUGUCAAACUACAAAUCUGUGCCUAUCAUAUUUGUGGUUGAGACUAAGAAGGUUUGUAGCAUAUAGAGUAUGGCUAUGUUAGUAAAGGGGAAUUGCAGUUCUGAGGUUGGUUGAACUUGAACAUACUGUUCUGAUACAGCCUAUCACUUUUUAUACAAACCCAAAAACACAAGUUGACGUUCAUGUUAAUGGAAUUAUGAACCAAAAUGUAGCACAAUUUUUUUAUGCUUCUAAAAUUGUCAAAGGAAAUUAUUCUUUAUCAUACAGUACUGGAUCUCAAGGAGUCAUUUCCUCUUCAUGGAGUGCAAAAGAUAGUUUUCUUUGAUCUGUAAGAUUAUUUUUUAUACUAAAAGAUUCAAAAUCUGUUCGGUUGAACAUCGUGAUAUUGGAUAAAGAUUGGUCUCAUAAUGAAGGUAUACCAACUUUUAAUUGAGGUAUUUAUUACUAUGUCCUUCAACUGGAUAGUUACCUUGGAACAUGCUAUUGUCUGUCUUAUCAACUACAAGAUUAUGUGUAAAUGCAUGGAAUUGAGUUUGUGUGUCAUAUUUCAGGCAGUCUUUUUCAGACAAUUUGAAUCAUCGUAUUACAUGUAUCAAAUUGUAUUAUUUAGCAAUCAUCACUUAGUGUUCUGAAGACUGAACUUUGAUGUACUCUUUUUAAGUAUCUGCGACAUAGAUAUCUGCAUUAU